CUUGCGCGCAAAUCAACAGUCGUAAUUUUAUGGUAAUUAUUUUGUUUGUCAGUGCAAACUCUUAACUAACCAGAAGAAAGAUUACCUUUUGGGACUGAAGUAUUGCCGAUGUUUAUUAUUAUCAUUAAAGAUGGGUGGGCAUGUUAGUCGUGGUCGAGAUAAUCAAUCACUCAUUGACGAACUGGUGCAAAACGGUCUCACAUUAAACCCAGAGACUGAGCGUGCUCUACGUCUAGUCGACAGAGGGGGUUACUUCAGCGAAAAAAGCCCACGAGCAUACAUGGAUAUGGCGUGGAGGUCUGGUUCUCUCCAUCUUUCAGCACCCAGCAUCUACAUUGUAGCUCUCAAAAACCUCGAUAUCCAACCAGGAAAUUGCUUUUUAAAUGUUGGUAGUGGAACAGGAUACCUUAGUACAGUCAUUGGCUUGUUACUAGGAUACAAUGGCGUUAAUCAUGGUAUUGAGGUGAAUGAUUUCAACGUUAAUUUUUCACGUGAACACUUGGUGACAUUUUUGUCUGAAUGUGAUGCACCUUUCGAACGAUCUUUUUGUCCUCCGGUAUUCCUACAUGGGAAUAUUUUAGAUUUAGUCGUUCCCUCAGUCCAACAGCCGAUUAUGGUUGAAAGACUGAAUAAUUUCCAACAACCUUCUGAAAUGAUUCAAAAUAAUCUAGAUACUCAUUUAGAUAACAGUGUUAUUAAUCCUGAAGAUAUAUGGACUUCAGAAGGAAACCAAAAUCAUUCAUCGGACGCUACAAUGGAAGUAGAGGGGAAUGAUCAUGGGGUAAGCGAAAAUACCUAUCAAAAUGGUGAUCUGGAUACUAAUAAUAAUGAUAAUAAUAAUAAUAAUAAUGACAACGAAAGCGAAUCUGAUCCUAUCAAGUGGGAAGAAGAGUUUAUUGUUGGAUCGCCACCUUGGAUACACCCAGAUAGUAGUCAUCCAUUAUGUGAUCAAACAGAUACAAACAUACCACGCUGGCCAGUAUAUGAUCGGAUAUAUGUGGGAGCUGCCGUUACUAGCCGUCUUCACUUACAAUCCAUACUACGAUUGCUCAAAGUCGGUGGUAUUCUAGUCGUUCCUUAUCGAGAUAAAUUUAUGAAGAUCAAACGGAUAGAGGAAAAUAAAAUAACUGCAUCAGAAUUGAUGUCAGUUAGCUUUGCAACUCUUCUUCCAUCGAGAAUAGGUUCAGAGAAACAAGUCGAAUCGCCUCCUAAAGCAAACGUGAUAUCAUUGGAACAACAAGCUGCUCGCAUAAUACGCAGCCUUCUUCGAAAUGUCAUCGAGUUUCGUCAUAAUGGUCCACCCAUACUUGGCCAUAUGGAAGAAGUAGAAGAAGAAGGGGAUGAUGAAGCAAAUACAAGCUGUGAUACAAAUGAAGAUUCUGAUACUUUGAUGAACAAUGCUGACAUAGAAGAACUUGAUGGAACAAGUAGGGAAAGUGGUGAAAGCGUGUUACAACCUAGAAUUCCAGGUUCACAAGACUGCUCAAUGGCUCGAUUUUUGCACUAUUUGAUAAAUCACGCUGAGAUAGGCCACGACAGAUCACAAGUUUCAAAUCAAAAUUCACCUACUGAAGAUACCAACUCAAACAGAACAAAUUCAAAUGAUGUGCAAAAUGAUACAACUGGAGAUGAAGCUUUAGAUGCAGAAACUGGAGGUUCUGACGGGACUGCAACAGAAAACCACAACAGUAAUCCACCUUAUCUACGAAUCGAUUUUUGCCGCUUUUUAAAUGGUGUUAGUAAUACUAUUAUUGGAACCUCUACUGGUUGUGAACAUAGUAACGAGGAUGAAGAUACCCAAAUCAAUGAAAUUCAAAAUACAAGUGCAUCUGUAGAUAACGAAUCAACAACUGAUGAACAUGUAAAGAACAAAUCUACACCUCACAAAAAACGAAAGAAAUAUUGUUGGGUUCCCCCAAGCUACACUUACAAAGAAGAAAUGGAACGUAUACUUUCUGAAGAAUUACGUUUUGGAAAGCCUUUAAUUCGAUCUGUGAUUACAUUGUGAAGUAGAUUACUUCAAACUUAUUUCAUCCUUUCAUUCAGAUAGAUCCUAUUCACAAAAAUUAGUUAUAAUUUUGUAAGGCAUGUUACCAAGUCUUUAUAAACUAUUUAUUUGUACUACGUAACUCCCUUGUUUUCUCCCAUAACUCAUCGACAAAUUUUUAAACUUUGUCAUGUUCUCUCAUCUUCUCAUGCAUGAAAAUAAUGUAGUUUAUGGAAAAUUUAUCUUUGAAUAGGAUGAUUAAGGAAAUUAAUUUCAUAUUACAAAUAUACUAUUCAA